GCUAUUAUAGUACUUAUACUUGAAAUUUACUUAUGUUAAACUUAAAUAUGUAUAUAAGUAUAUACUUAUUUUGCUGUUCUGUAUCAUCUAUGACUAAUGUGAUAAUAGAUUAUGUGUUAGAUCUGUGAAAUGUUAUCGUCUAUAGUUAUUUUAUUAGUAUUUUUAUACAUAAAAGAAAAUUUAUGAAUGACACGUGGAUUUAUUAAGGUUAUAUACAUAUAGUAUAUAAUAUAACAUAUUCUAUGAAACAGUAUUUGAUUCAUAUAUUUAUUAUGAAUUAUAAUAAAUAUUAAUAAAAAUCAAUAUGAAAUUUUAUACCAAUUCAAUAAAAUCUUGUACUGCCCGUAUUGGAAAGUUAACAGAAUUUAAUAGAAUUCCCAAUAGUAAUUUUGAAACUCCUCUUGUUCUUGUUUAUACAAAGAGCGGCAGUGUACCACAUUUAACAAAAGAUGUUUUCGAAAUGGUUACUUCAGAUCCACAAAUGUUAUCUGUUUCACUUAGUUCUACGUAUCAGAUGUUCGAAUCAGUAAAAGAUACUAAUAUUAAUUUUGCAAAUUUUGUGGGAAUGAAGGAAUAUAUCAAUAUUCUUACUUUGCAUGAUCCAGCUUAUGCUACACCUUCAGGUUUUCAAGAAAUGGAUUUCACUCCUAUAUGGACUAGAAAAGGAAAAUGUAAAUUAAGUCCGAAGCAAUAUAUGGAUGUAAUUGAAGCAUUUAAACCAGAUAUGUAUGUUGCUUUGUAUGAUGGAGAUACCAAAAUUAAUAGUAGUAGAAAAAGAUUAUCAAAUGCUAUACGACGUACUACAACAUUUUUUGAAAAAUGUUUUUCUAUACAUUCUUCAUCUGAAACAUUAAAAUCUUCAGAAAUAUUAGGUGUAAUCGAAGGUGGUUAUGAUAAAGAAGCUAGAUCAUGGUCAAUAGAAUUUUUAAAAGAUAAACCUUUAAUAGGAUAUGUGAUUGAUGGAUUGCAUAAUAAUGGACCGGAUGUAAAGAAUAUAUCAACAGAACAAAUUAAAGAAAUAGUGGAAUAUACAGUUAAUCUUCUACCUGUUGAAAAACUUAAAGUAUCAAUGGGAUGCUGGAAUCCUCUUACAGUAUUAGACCUUGUUGAGUUAGGUAUUGAUGUAUUUGAUACAUCAUAUCCUUAUGUAAUUACUGAAAAUUUAGAAGCUUUAACUUUCUUAUGUGAUCAUCAAGAUUGUAAUAAUAUAGGACAUGUAAUAUCAUUUACCGAAAAAAGCAGAUAUGCAGAUGAUUUUUCUCCUAUUUGCCGUCUUUGUGAAUGUCUUGCCUGUAAAAAUCAUACUAGGGCAUAUCUACAUCAUUUGUGUAAUACCAAAGAAAUGCUUAGCACAGUUCUUUUAAUGAUACAUAAUCUACAUCAAUAUUUCGAAUUUUUUAAGAUUAUUCGAGAAAAUAUAAAAAAUGGUACUCUUGAUGAUUACAAAAAGAAAAUUAAUUUAAAAUUUAAAACGCAAAACGAUAUCGUUCAGACAGAUGAUCAGUAAGACACAAAGUCUGUAUGUUUUUAAUACAAUUUAAAAAAAAUAUUAAUAUUUAAUAAUACUUUUUUAAAAUAAUAAUAAAUAAUAAUAGUUGAUAAUUAUUUUUAUAUUCUCUUUUUA